AUGGAUGGCCCAACUUUCCGCUUGCAGGUUUUUCUGCGGGGUUUGUCCUUCUUCAGGCCAAAGGGUAAUCCAAAUCUUGCCCGAAUAAACAGAAGAAGAGCUUUGUUUUCUCUUAUAGCUCGCAGAAUAACGAUCUUGAAGCUGGCUCUCUUCAUUGCAGGUUAUGUCUGGAUGCUCUCAAUUCCUUCAACCCGGCUUGAUCGGGGAGUAUACUUCGAUGAAAAUGCGUUACAGCCAGGACAAGUGAACACCUAUUGGAACUGGAAAGAGGUGCAUGAUGCGGACCACUUCCUAGAAGAGUUGGAAACUCUUCGAGACUCUAAUGCUACGAGUGAGCAACGCUCUCAGUACAUCAUGCGCGAAUUCCUUAAGAUAGGCUUGUCCGCCUCUACCCAGAAUUACGAAUUCACUGGUCUUCACAACGACAUCAACGGGACGAAUACUUACGCUAUCUUGUCAUCACCCCGGGUUUCAGGAGCUGAGGCAACAGUUAUAUCCGCCUCUUGGAUCAGUCGAAUGGACGAAGGAGAUGGGACCUUGAACUUGCGAGGUGUUGCCACUGUGCUCGCGCUGUCGAGAUAUGUGAAACAAUACUCUUUAUGGGCUAGAGAUAUCAUCUUCAUUAUCAGUGACGGUUAUAUGGAGGGAAUGCAGGCGUGGUUGAGUGAAUACCACGGAGUAACUCAAUCAAACAUACGAGCACAACGACUAGACCUGAGUUCUGGCGUAAUAUGGACUGCCCUUAACAUUGAUUACCCCGGUCAUUCCCUGUCCCACCUUGGGAUUUUCCACGAGGGACUAAAUGGUCGACUACCCAACCAAGAUCUCCUGAAUUCGUUUCAACAUAUUUCUCGCCGAACGGGGGUCUCAGUCGUCCUUUAUGACCACAAAGACGAACCCGAACUUAGAUGGCUCCCUGAAAGCAUUCGGACUCACCCCGAGAUCAAGACUUACGCAACGCAAGCUCGAAAUCUAUGGCGUCACGUAGGGUACCAAGCUUCCGGCCGUGGAAGUGGUGUUCACGGCCUGUUUCAUCAAUACCGGAUCGACGCUUUCACAAUGUUCGCAGUCCCCUCCGCGGGACCGCACGGCUUCCACUCACUUGGUCGUGUUAUCGAGUCCACGAUGCGCACGACGAAUAACUUGCUCGAAAGACUGCAUGCCUCUUUCUUUUUCUAUGUUUUGACAAGCUUCGAUCGUUUUGUGAAAAUUGGCAACUAUAUUCCUAGUGCAAUCCUGAUCAGCGUUGCAAUGAUGUUUGGGGGUCUGCAAGUCUGGGUCGAUGCGGCGUGGACUCAACGACUUCAGGAAAAACCGCAAGCUGAAGGGCCUGCUCGUAGUAUCUGGAUUAGGAGAAGACGCCCUGUCCUUGAAGUUGUAUCUGUCAUGCUCGGCACACACCUUUUUGGUGCUGCCACUUUCUUCUUCGUGAGUAGUAGGCGGUAUCAAUCUCUUUCAUCUGCCCCAUUCUUCUUGUGUUUAGCUGUUUACUUGCUUCCGCUCGUUGUUCCAACACUGCUUCGAAGUCACUCGAACAACAAUCCCCCAUCCCGGGCCCUGGUCCUGGUCCUGAAAGCGUUUAAUCUGUGUCUCAGUUCUACAGUGAUCUCCAUAAUAACAGUGUUGAAUUUUUCUCUCGCUGCAUGCUUGGCCGUCGCUCUAGGAAUUCCGCUAUCUAUCGCUUCUUCCUCGUCGAAUCAAGCUAUCAGGAUCGCGAACUAUUCAUUUUAUGUUGUGCUAGGCUUCGGGUGGGUGUUACUAGAAGAAACGACGAGACAGAUGAUUUGGAAUUGGGAUGUGCUAGGAGUGUGGUUAUUGCCAUUUUUAUGUAUUGUAUACUUCCCUUUAACUCUUCAGGCAGCGCUCGUGUGCGUCAUAUAA